AUGGGGGCAAAGCAUUCAAAGAAACUGGCAGGUGAGGAAAUCAAACAGCAAGGAAGAAGGAGCGCAGUCUUUGAGGAAACGUCAUCUGAGAAGAUCCGCAAAUACGUAGUCACACAUUUUGGUUACAGCAUGUUGAGCUUGGCCCGCCGUGGCAUGGUAGACGCUCCAGAAGAAUUGUGGGAACUUACAGAACUGCAGAAGCUCAACCUGUCUCUGAACUGCAUGAAGUGCUUGUCUUCCUCAGUGGGCCUCCUUCAAAACCUGGUGGUGCUCAACUUGUGGGGCAACCAGCUGAGCAGUCUGCCUCCUGAGAUUGGGCUGCUCACGAACCUGAAAGUUCUCUUUGCUUACCGCAAUCAUCUCAUUGAAGUUCCUGAGGAGCUGAGCUGCUGCACCAAACUAGAAGUCUUGAGCUUGGCAAACAACCAACUCACAAGCCUCCCAAACAGCUUGUCCACACUCACGGGCCUGCUCAAGCUCAAUCUGAGCCACAAUAAUAUUGUCCAUAUCCCAACAUGCGUCUAUGCAAUGAAAAGCCUGAUCUUCCUGCAUGUGGCAUGCAACAGGCUUGAGAACAUUGCAGAGCAGAUCCAGACUCUGGCUGACCUGAAGAUCCUCAUAGUAGAAGGGAACUGCAUUCACUCUCUGCCUAAGAUGCUCUGCUGUCUGACCAAGCUUGAACUCCUUAACGUGGACUACAAUGACAUCCAGAACGUUCCAGCUGAAAUGCACCAACUUAGCAGGCUGGAGAAGCUAGCCUGCCACCCACUGGACAAAGGACUUCAUAUCGUGCAUAACCCUCUGCUCAAGCCCAUUAAAGAGGUGCUGGAUGGAGGUCUCCAAGCUUUUUAUAACUAUCUCAAGGCCAUUUGA